UAAAUCAAAUUAAAAUCAAGGAAAAGCGCUACGUAUUCGUAUUUUGAAUUCGCCAACUCAAGACAAAAAUGGCUAACCUUGACCUAUCGUCGAAGCGGAUCGAUCUCCUGCCAUUCAUGGUCGUCCUUCUCAUCGUCGCCCACGUCAUCCCAUUUGUUUACUGGUUUUACAAAUUAGCUACUGAUAAGACAUCGAAGAAAAAGAAGCACUAGUGACAGCAGAGGAAAAUCGGCGAAGGAAGUGAAAAUUGAAUGUUUUUUGUCAUUUACGUUUCUCGUUUUUGGUUAAUUUUCUGAAUAUUUUCGAUUAGCUAGUCUAAUCUAUGAAUUGAUUGUUUAAAGUUGUUACAAAAAGGUAUUUUAUGUGCAAUGAACUGCAUUUGCAUUGAUUCACUAUAUGUUCUUACAUUGUGAUAUGCUACUUCAUUCAGUCAUUUCAACAAACAGUUUGUGGGCUCGGUCACAGAGACCUAUAUUCCCUUCUCUCUUUCGAUGUUUAUGCAAAUCAACUAAAGCUUUUACUUCAGUUUCUUCGUUUGAGGGGUCAUGUGUAGAUGAGGAUUGCAAUGAUUUUCUGCCAUGGCUUGGGAACAAGGCUGGGGGUGAAAUUUCUUCGUUACUUUCGAUUGGGAAGUCUGCCUAUGGUAGGGCAUUGUAUGCUACUAAGGAUAUACAAACUGGGGAUUGUUUGUUGAAGGUUCCGUAUAGCACGCAGCUUGCCCCGGAUAAUCUCCCUCCGGAAAUAGCUUGUUUGCUGGGAGAUGAAGUUGGUGAUGUUGCUAAAGUUGCGUUGCUCAUUCUCUAUGAGAAACAUUUGGGGAAGAAGUCCGAGUGGGCGCCUUAUAUCAGCCGCCUUCCUCUGCUAAUGGAAAUGCAUAGCUCGGUGUUCUGGAGUGAUGAAGAAUUGGAGAUGAUUCGACAGAGUGCUCUGUAUGAAGAAACUCUCAAACAGAAGAAACAGAUUGAAAAAGACUUCUUGGCUGUUCAGUUGGUUUCUGAUGACUUUCCUGAGCAAUUUCAGCAUAUCACGUUGCAGGAUUUCACGUACGCAUAUGGAUUAGUCACUUCUCGAGCGUGGGUGAGCUCGAGGGGUGUUUCCAUGAUUCCCUUUGCAGAUUUCUUGAAUCACGAUGGCACUUCAGAUUCGUAUGUUUUGAGUGAUGCAGGCAGACAACAUUCGGAGGUGAUAGCUGAUCGCGAUUUCGCUCCAGGCGAUGAGGUCCUGAUAAGAUAUGGAAAGUUUUCGAAUGCUACACUCCUUCUGGAUUUUGGUUUUACUGUUUCUUGCAACCGUUAUGAUCAAGUUCGUGUUGAGCUUAAUGUGCCCCAACACGAUGCUCUCUACACGCAGAAGUUGGAGAUUCUUGGCAGAGAUCGCACACCAAGGAUCAAGGAUGACAACGAGUUCACAUACUACGAAAAUUCUUUCACGGUCAAAAAAGUAGGAGGUGGUAGCAGGUGGGGGAAGGGGAUCCCCCAAUCACUCCGUGCAUUUGCUCGCAUCAUGGCUUGCGAUUCUCAGCAAGAGUUACACGACCUGGCGAAGGAAGCUGCAGAGAAUGAUGGAAGGCUGGCUCGGAAGCCACUGAAGAACAAGAGCAGAGAGCUUGCAGCCCAUCAGCUGUUGCUUUCCGAGAUGUCUCGUUUGAUAAAAGAUCACGAUGAACACAUCAAGUCGCGGGCUCCAACGCCUCCCACUCUACGGGAGAAGAGUGCUCUGAGGCAGAAACUAGCACUAGAUCUCCUGAGUGGUGAACUACGAGUGCUGAAGUCGGCUUCUGCUUGGCUCGAGAGCUACUGUUCGAGGUUGUGAAAGAGACAUUGAAGGGUUAACCAUGAUGCAUUCUACCAUACAAGGUAAAAACUUACAACUUUACAUAGUCUCAAUUGUUUACCUUUUACUCGUAUCUAGAAAAUUAUGUGUAUUAAUCAACAAUUAAUGGGACUAUUAAUUUCACCAAUGUGUUUUGAUUGCUUAAUAUGGAUGCCUUAGAUAUGAAGGGUGUUAGUUAUUCUGGAUUGGAA